AUGUUUAAAUAUAUAUUUGUUGUUUUAAUUAUUUUAUGUCUGUUCUCUAUGGUCUUGAUGGCGAAAGAUCACCCGGAGAAUGACAAGAAGAAAACAGCGUGUCCAAAGAUUGCAUGUCCCAAGGUAGAUGAGAAGAGAUGCAAGAAGGAAGGUGGUACUUUUCUACCAAGGAGCAAAGAGAAUUGCUGUGCAAAAUGCCAGACACCCUGCUCAACAGUGAAAUGCAUUGGUGUAGAUCGAGCAAAAUGUGAAUCAUAUGGUGGUAUUUACAUAGAGGCAAAUCAUAAAAAAGGUAUUUGUUGUUCACAAUGUCAUUCGAUUUGUUCGGUUGUUAGAUGUAAACAAGUGGAGCCGGCUGAUUGUAAGAAACAAGGAUUGGCUUAUGUUCCUGAAAAUCAAAUCGAAGGAAUUUGUUGUUCGUAUUGUACCAAUCAAACUAUACCGACUCCAUCUCAAACACCUACACCUACACCUACACCAACACCAACACCCAUAAAUCCAACAACAACAACAUCAACAACAUCAACAACAACAACAGCAACAACAGCUACACCUAUAACAACAGCUACACCAACACCAUCUUCUACAACAUCACAAUCAUCUACAAACUCUACAACUACAACAUCAACCCCUACUACAGGCACUGAAUCAACAACAACAACAACAACAACAGGUUCAACAAUCAAUUGUUCGGUUGUGCUCUGCCAGAAUGUAAAUAUUCAAAUAUGUAAACAACAAGGAGAUGUUGUGGAGCUUGUGAAGUUCGCUUUACCAUUGAACCACAUUCAUUAG